AUGAACGCGUACCUGGCUGAGGUGGCUCGGUUCAGCGAAGACGAUGUGCCACUCGAGAAUGGGGACGGGGUGGGCAUCACCGAGCUGCAGCGUGGCCUGAUCCGUGAGAUGCGCCAACGCCUGCACAGCCGCCUCGACCCACGCUUACACAAUGAUCGCUUUCUGAACCGCUUCCUCUUGGCUGAGAACUACGAUCUGGACAAGGGUGCAGCCAUGCUGGAGCGUCACCUACAAUGGCGGCAGAAACACGACCUGGACCAGCCCAUUGACCAGCUCCUCGCCCGCGUGCGACCUGGCCUGCGCGAGUGGAUCCCAGCCCCGGCCCUGGGCGGCGAGGACGAGAACGGCUACCCCGUUUUUUGGGACUUGCCCGGCUGUCUCGAUGUGGCUGGCAUCCAAAAGGCGUGCACCGUUGAGGAGGUGGUCCAAUACCACGGCAUGAUCUUCAUGGAAUACGUCUACUCCGUGCUCACACAACAGAUCCAGAAACACGGCCGCUACAUUGACAAGAUGGUGGUUGUCCAAGAUCUCACAGGCUUUGGUCUGCGCAGCCAUCGGCCCCUCACCACCUUUCUCGGCGAGGUCACGCAGUGCCGCAACGCAAACUACCCACAAAUCCUCAAAACCAUGGUGGUCAUCAAUGCACCUCGCGUCAUUGAUGUGGCCUGGAAUCUAGUCAAGCCCUUCCUGCGCGAGCGGACCCGAAGAAAAAUUCAAAUUCUUCGCGGCACUGGUGCCGACAGGUGGUUUCAAGGCUGCAUGGACAGGAAAAAUGUACCCCGUCGUUUUGGUGGCUUUGCAGACGACCCCGUGCCCCCAACAGCGGUACCAGAGUCGGCGUACUUACAUCGUCACCUCUGCGAGGAGGACAUGGAAAACAUUGUGAUUGCCCGCGGCAGUUCACACACGCUAUCCUAUGACGUUGAGGCGGGCGACAUUGUGACCUGGUUCUUCCGGCUUCCAAGUAAAGACAUCAACUUUGGCAUUCGUGAUAAAGCAUCACAAACCUGGCUGCUUCCUCUCGCUCGCCAGCAAACCGAGCACCGGCCUGCUUUGGGAACCCUGAACAUUGUUAAGCCUGGUAUCAUUGAGGUGGUUUUUGAUAACACGUACAGCUACAUGACCGGUAAAUCCGUGCUGUUGCGCAUCACCGUUUCAAGCCCAGACAAAACCUUGGAGGAUUCAACGAAGCACACAAGGCCUGAGCCACAGCCUCAAAAAUCUGCUUCGGCGACGGCGACAGCAACGGCUGCGCCUGCUGCUCCAGCAAGUCAAGCGUUCAUGGGACACCCCAGCUGGCUGCUCGACUUUGAGGGCGGUGACUGUCCAGGACAUCUUGCACGCGUGUGA